UGACGUCAUCAGGCGGCGACACGCGCGUGGUGGGGGGCGGGGCGUGCCCCCCCCACUCGCAGCCGUGGCAGGCGGCCGUGCUGGACAUGUACAAGCUCUACUGCGGGGGAGUCCUCGUGGGACCCCAGUGGGUGGUGACGGCGGCCCACUGCACCACCCCGGGGUGGGGUGACUCUGGGGGCCCCCUGGUGUGCGGGGGGACCCUGCAGGGCAUCGUCUCGUGGGGGAUGGAGCGCUGCGGCCGCCCCCGGCGCCCCGGCGUCUACACCAAGGUCUGCCGGUACGCCCGCUGGAUCCACCAGACCAUGCAGGACAACUGA